AUGGAAUCGCUUGCUACAGAGUUAGAAGAGGAAGUGCGGCAGCUAUGCGAGCAAGAACAAACGAAGCAGACAGCAUUACUAAAGCAGCGAUUAUAUAGUCGUGUAGGUCAAUUUCUAAUGAGUCAUUUCGAUAAUCAGCAUUGGUGGUGUAGCUACUCGCCACUUAUGGUCUUUAUGAUGCGGAUACUCGAGCUUUAUCCAGCAUCCGAAAGUGUCUGUGUCUUUUAUAAACGAAUGAUACAACAACUUGGUACCUGUCGUCAAUGUGUCGACAUCUAUCACGCAUCUAUGCCAAGCGUACACGUAGAACUCGAGUUUGAAUUUACGCUUGAGUCCAUUCACGCGUUUUUUGUUAAAGUUCAAAGUUUGGAUGCUGAUCGAAUACAAAACCAGUUGACUGACAAGUCUAUGGGUUUAACUGCUGCAUAUCAAGAGACAUCGGAAUUGGUAGCACGCACAUUGUAUGAAGUGCUUACUCAACGACGACUUUUGUCCGACUUUCGAAUUGUAAGAGUAUUAUCGAAGUGGGUUUCUAGUCGGUAUUCUGAUGUUAAAGCAAAUCAAAGUUUAGAGAGUCUUCAAGGUUGUGCAGGUUUGUAUCAGCUACUGGUAUCACCAGAUUCUGCAGUGAGGAAAUGGGCACAAGAAAUGGUAACACACUUUGGUCAUAUUCAGCUUACAGGAGACAAUGGCGAAGAUAAAUCUUUGUUAGACGUCAUGGAAGAGUGGAUGUACAUACUGGAAAAUGAGGCAUUUAAUAAACCUGUACUAUCACUAGACCUGCGAACGACGGAUAAUCUUGAAACUUUUAUUGAGCCGAGCAACUGUGUGAAGACUCCGACGAAGCAGAUGUUAUGGUCUGCACUCGAUCAUGUCAUGCAGCAAAUGGAUGUACACAGUUUAGAAACCAUGCUUGACUCCUUUGACACGAUUCCGGAUCUGGCAUUUAACUUUCUGCAAGACGCUGACCCUUCAGGAGACCAGACACUUACGUUAGUGGUUGCCAAGUGUUUUACGGUUCUUUUACGUUGUCUUGGACACCAGUUUUGGAAUCACUCUGUGCACUCUCCAGAAACUGUGCUUGAUGUAGUUAUGCAGCAUUGCCGUCUUGCAUCAUGGCGCGCGUUUGUCACGAAACAAUUUAUUGAAGUCUUACCACCGUUGCUGGUGGCCAUGCGACCGCCUCAAGUCUCUAAACAAGCGUCGAACAAGGAGAAGCUUGAUAUUUAUAUGAAGUCUCGAAGGGCGAUCUUGCAGUUUUUGCUACUCCAAGAGCUCCGACCGAGACACUUUGACACAGUUGCAAUUGUUGCACAAUCACGAGCAGCAUUUACCAUUUUGACAGAUUGCUAUGAGCACCGUAUGCCUGAAAGUAUCAAGAAUCAGUCUGGAGGUGGACGUGAUGAAGGAGCAUUGUCGGAGUCAUUUUCGAUUGACUAUUCAAUCUCAGAGAGUGCUUUUUGGUGGCCUUGCGGUUCAGAUUCAAAGGCUGAUAGCGAUACCGAGCUGGGAAAGUUGUGGAUGGAUCGUUUAUUUGAUAUUGUCAUCCGACCAAACAAUGUUGAGUCCCUCGUGAACUUGGCAGCCGAAACAACCGCUCUCAUAAUAAGUAAACAUUUACAACUUGCUCGAUAUGUUGUUUAUUCCAGUAUCGUUGCGUCUAAUGGGGAAGACAUGACAUCUAUUGAAGCUGUUACUACAGGAAAACCGAUUAUCACUGACUUGGUUCAAAAAUUGUGCAUUUGGGAUGUUGUUACAACGAUACCGCUACGAGUUCACGGAGCCUUGUUCGAAACAAUUGGAGGUAUUUCGGAGCUUCUUAAUGGACUUAAGGAACAAAUACAUCCUAGUCAUCACUUGCAAUCCAUUGAACACAUUUUGCUGAAAUACGAAGCGCAAACACAGCAAUAUCUCCAGCGAAUAAGCGAGGAAGUGUUGUUAAAAGGUUUAGCUAACCCAUUUAAUUUUCCAGUGGUUUCUCAGCACAUAAGUGUUUGUUAUCUGAGUGAGACGAAUUCUGUUGCCCAGCAGCUUAAGAGAUUAAUUGGCCACUAUACCGCUGAUAAGAAUCGUCCUACGCAAGUGCCUUCUUCAUUGGAAGCUUUCCUUAUCUCGGUGCAUCGAAAUGCUGAGGCUUUCCUACGUGGCCAGCUUAUAUUGCUUCAAUCUAUGCGCCUUUACGGAUUUUCGCAUUUAAUUUGCUUUCCAGCUGUAAAGAAGUUGAUUUUGAUUUGGUGUCGCGUCUUUGAUAUGCUGAGUGGUGAUUUGCAAAAGGUUUUCCAAAUAGCUUUGAAUGCAAAAACUUUGCGCUUAUCAUCGCACCAGGCUACGGAUACUAAUAUCGCAGCUAUUCACUUGCUAAAGCUUCCUAUCCUGAUUAACGACUUCUUGAUUGCGAUCUUAACAGCCUUGUAUAAUCCAUCUCAGAAACUCACGAUCGAAAUUGUGGAAGGAACACGAGUACAUUGUCUCGCGUUUGGAAUCUCGUUCUGGAAAUUUUGGGCGCUAGUGCUUCAAGAUACGAGCGUGUCCAGUGAGCGAGUGACGGGAAUUAUCAGUCCUUUGGUUGAGUGUAUAGCAAGAGGAUCAUCAUCUGAGAAAACGAGAGCUGCUGAAUUGUUAAUGAUGGUACUUGAAUGCCUUUUGAAAGGAAAUACUCGAUUAAAUGAAACGACUCUCUCUAUGAUUGACAGCAUAAAGAGUGAGGCCGCAGCAAUUGAGUCCAAACAAUCUACUGACUUCGGUCGUAUGACCAAAAAAUUUCGUCAGCUUGACCAAAACUCAAGCUUUUUUGCGAAGCGCUCAGCAGAUCCAAUCAAAGCAAAAGGGUUUACGGAUAUGACAUCACGAUCGAAGCCGAAGCUCGUACUUCAAUCAAAAUCCGCUGGAUCCAUUUCUCGACCGAUACGGAAGUCGGCCGUCAGAACUCAUAGUAGCGCAAUGGUCGAUCUUUCAGGCAUCGAAAAAGUAUCAAGCGAAGCAGCAGCAAGAAAGCAACAUUCCUUUUACUCAGAAGCAGAAUACCGCUCUUCUUCUAGCAAGGAAUCUGCUCCAAAAGACCAGAUUUCAAAGACAAAACCUUCGUUUGACCUGGCUCAGGUCGUUAAAGGAAUUGCACAAUCACAUUCUGGCUCAAAUAUGGCAAGUCAUCCAGAACAUCCAAAGCAAGUGAUCAAAAGAGAUGUUUCAAAUCAAUUGCAAGACGAGGUCGACACGGAGAUCGAUUUACCAUUCGCCGCGCUUUUUCAUCGGAUCAAGACAACGCGAAAGCCUAUCGCAAUAUGUUCUUUGCUGCCAUUUUAUCGACAGCUUCUUCAAACCGGCAUGCCAGUUCUUUUGUCUGGUGAGUUUACAAAUGAACAAUCGAGUAAGGAACUUCAGGUGCCCAGCUUAAGUUUCAAGAAAAGCGCUGACUAUGUUCGAGCUUUUCUACCUCUGAUGGUAGAAGAAUGUCAUAACGAAGUACAAGAGGGACUUCGAAAUUUGUUUUCUGGUAAUGGAGGACAUCUAUUGCGCUACGAGUCUGAAAAGCCUAAAGAAGGGAUGCGGUGCAUCAAUUUUAGUAUUGUUCAAAAAGACGAACGAUUGUUAGCAAGCUCUCAGUCAAAGUUUGGAUCAGCAGGCAGAAAACAAUAUAACGAAAAGCUGUUUCGAAAUGGUGAUGUGGUUCUCUUGCAGAUUGCAGUGGGAAGCGAAAACAAAGCCGAUUUUAUGGGGAAACGGGAGAUUUUGGGAGUUAUCUUGGUCAGUGAGGCGGAAAAAGGCCGGAGACAAUCCUUUUCAGCGAAAAAGAGUAUCAAAAACAAGGAGGAAGAGUCUGUAUCCGUGCUCUUUUUAAAUGACAGCGAGCUGGACAGCGCAACGACAAAUGUACGCUCAUUCUCAACUGACGUGCUUGGAGCUAAUGCAAUUGCCGAUUCAGAAUGGAAAGUAAAAUCUCUUUGUAACUUAAUUACGUCUGCGCGUGAAUAUAUCGCCCUUCGGUCAGUAGACAUGCUUCCCGAACAUUUGAGAACUGCAAUUCUUACUCCGGAAGCUUUCAAAUCGACCCAAUCCGAGCUAAUUACCAUCAGUUCCGUCCUGGACGAGCUGCGCGGCAACAACUCAAGUGAAAGCUGCGCGAAAAUUCUGAAGCUAUUAAAACGCUUAAGCCGUAUGAACGUGAUGCUCACAGACUUAAGGACUACCAGUAUAGGGAAAGCUGUAAACAAGCUGCGUAAGCACGCCAACUCGGACAUCAAGGCUCUCUCGACCAAAUUAAAGGAAAGGUGGACUGAUCUAAUGGAUAAGACUGACGACUUGGAAUGUGCUCCUCGCUUUAUAUCGUCAGAACUGUGGGAUGCGCUUAAACCCCAGUACAAUUCUUCUCAGCUCCAGUCUAUCCACAGUGUACUUAAUAACUACAGCACGGGUGUGUCUCUGCUUCAAGGACCACCAGGAACUGGCAAAACGAAAACAAUCAUGGGACUUUUAAGUGGAUUACUAUCAUUGCAGCUACCAGCUACUGCAGUCAUGCCGGUGGUACACGCAAAAGGUACCCUCAACGCUCAAAAUGAUGCUAGCAAUAAAGAAUUCAAGAACUUUGAGGCUGCACGGUCUCGUCAGGUAAAGGUUGGUCAACCUGGUGGACAAACAUCAUCACCACGGGUUUCAACAGCAACCUUUUCUUUGACUGGAGUGACAUCAGCGCUUGGUAGUAUCCUACGUCGCUCCUCUGAUUCUUCCUCGAAUAAACAAAGCCGAACAUCUAUCCAGGCACUGAAAUGCUUAGAGUCAUCGCGAGAUCGACUGGAAAGCAAGUUGACAUCACGGUCUCAGCAUUCAAACUCAAAUUUGGUUGUAAAGCGCCGAAUUAUUACAAGAAGUGCAUCGAAGCGCUCGGGUAGUCAAACAAAUAAAAUCCUUCUAUGUGCUCCAUCUAACGGUGCAGUUAAUGAACUGGUGCUGCGAAUUGUUACUGACGGGCUGAUGGAUAGCUCGGGAAAAAAGACAAAGGUUCGAGCGCCAAGCGUGCAUCCCGAAGCACUUUUGGAAAAUGACAUCUCCAUUGUUCGUCUUGGAAGUGCUGGCGAGGAUGCAACUGAAAGUGUAAAUUCUGUGUGUUUGCCUCAUAUCAUUCGGCGCGAAAUGGCUAUUCAUCCAAAGUCCAUGGAAUUACAUGCACUACAAGACACUCAGCGACAAAUGCGAAGCUCAAUUCGAGACUUUCACACCAGAGCAGAAGAAGAGAAUGGACAAAAGAAAGAUCGAAAGGUGCUUGCCAAAUUGCAUCAGCAGCUAACGGAAUGCUCGGGAAAAAUUCGACGCUUGCGAGACGAAGUGACUGCCAUUCGAACUAAAAUGACUGAAUCGAUUUUAUCGAAAGCAAAUAUUAUUGCUUGCACACUAUCAAAGGCGGGAAGUGGCGAAUUGUCCGAAUUAAAACAUGGCUUUGACGCAUUAAUUAUUGAUGAAGCAGCCCAGGCAGUGGAAUUAAGCACUCUCGUUCCGAUUCGGGAGCGAGUCGCUCGAGUUAUUUUAGUUGGUGACCCGAAACAGCUGCCUGCUACAGUGAAAAGUGUUGUCGCAGCGAAAGCACGAUAUGAUCGAUCGUUGUUCGAACGGAUUGCAGAAAGUGGAGUUGCUUCAUCAAUGCUUCGAGUGCAGUAUCGGAUGCACCCUUUUCUACGAGAGUUUCCGUCGAAGAGGUUUUAUGGAGGAAUGCUUAGUGAUGGACCAAGUGUCAUGGAGCGAGUUCAGGAAGUAUGCCCCGCCAUUUACGCACAUACAACCUUUCAGCCUUUUUUGUUGUACGAUGUUGAGAACUCACGAGAAGAAGAAAUGAAUGGAUCAAAGUACAAUCGUGUGGAGGCAGUGUUUUGCAUCAGUUUAUGUCAACACAUGUUUGAAAGGUGUGCUGACGUUCGAAAGAACAAGUGGAGUGUUGGAUUUGUAUCACCUUACAAGGAACAGGUGCGUGUGCUUCGUCAAGAAAUUACACGGUCGAAGAUCCCAGCAAGUGUUUCAAUCGAAGUAAAUACGGUGGAUGGAUUUCAGGGUCGAGAAAAAGAUGUGAUUGUAUUUUCAUGCGUACGAUCGUCCAAGAAAGGUGGAAUCGGCUUUUUGCGUGAUAUUCGACGUUUGAACGUGGCAAUCACGCGUGCAAGAUUUUGUUUAUAUGUAGUUGGUAACGUGGAAACUUUAGUGCGCGAUAAAACGUGGGCUGCAUUAGUUAAGAGUGCUCGUGAUCGGAAAUUGAUUAUUAACUCAAACGGAGAGCCAUUUAUGACUGUGGCAAAGAGGCUUGAAAGCGACAAAUAUCGCGACUUGGCUGAGCACUAUAAGCAGAUGCACGAAAAGGCACUUCGAAAGGUUGUGCUACCGCAGGAGUCAGAAAAAGUGAAAGCGAUCAAGAUAGAAAACCAUGAGCGAAAAUUGAAAGAGGAGAUACAUGAUGUGAACAUGGAUGGAGACGGUGUGACCACAACUACUUCUGUGCAUCAAAACGAGGUUAAGAUGUUAAGUGAUGCUAAGCAAAAGAAAGAGAUUGAUAUGGGGCAUGUCAAAUCCGAUUUUUCUCCCAACCUUGCGCGCGAUGUCACAGUGGAGCCUUCUGAAAGCCAGAAGAGAACAAGGACCGAGCCUUUUAAUCCUGAUGCAACAAAAAAGCCUCGGUUGUCUACUCCAAUUCAACCCACUGCAGCGGACUUGCAAGAUCAUUAUAAAAUCCAAAGUUUUCGAGAUCGCAAUAAUUCAUUAAAAUUAAGCUCAGAAAUUCAUUUCUCGCAUAAUGCAGAUACCGACCAGCGCGAGCCAUCUAUUUCACGGGAUGAUCGAAGCUCCGUCGACAACGAUCGGCGCAGAGUUGAGAGUCCACAUUUAUCUACAGAUAAAUGUGAAGUCCAACGUGAUCAGUCCCGCAUAUCUCGUUACAACAGACGCUCAUACGAUCGAUCGCGAGACGAUCGGAGAAAUGAAGGCAAAAACUGGUCAGAUAAUCGAUCUGAUGGGACCAAUCGUCGUGACCACGAUAAUCGAGCUAGACACUCAAUUGAGAAUAGGAAAACUCCUUCUCCAUAUUCAAGUACUUUGGUCGAUGCGCCGCACUCAAUAUCUGAAAAGCAGUUUUGUCAAGCAAAUGAGCCCCCUCGAUCUUCCACGUCUGACUGUAAGCGUUUAAAUGCAAGGUCAAAUGGAAAACGACGGCACUCAGAGUACAGUCAUCCACCACCACAUCCAAGUCGCGACCGUGUGUCAUCAAGUAAAAGCAGCUAUCGAUCUGCGACGAAUGAGGCAAGACACAUAGCCAGAAAUACGAAAAAUCCUACAAACAAAAGCACCAAUGUGCUAAGCAAUAUUUUAGGUAGUGCUAAAAAGCUGGCGAGCUCCACUUCGCGUGUAUACGACAAAUCCCAUCCACGUAGCUCCGAGUUUUCCUAA